GGCAUUGCGACAUUUCCACCCGAACCAUCAACGUUACCUAUCACAUCGAAACGACGCCACAGAAUUCCUCACCAGACACCGAUCAAAACAUACCACGACACAAUGUCCACUGUAUUUGAGCCCAGGAGCUCACAGAGCCGACAAACAAUGGCCGCGCCAUCCGUGGCGGACAGCCUGCCCAGCAUCAACUUCGGAUUCGACGAGCUGCGCGAUCGCAUGGCCAGGUUCACGGCGAAAUUCGAUGCGUUUAUCGAACAGGGGCGGAAGAGAGUGCUGGAGGAGAAGAACCAGUUCGUCAUGCAGGUCACGGAAUUACAAGAGGACCAAAGGAUGAAGAGAAAAGACAUCGACAUACUCCAGAUGAAGACGAACACACAUCAAAAUAGCAUUGCCAAGGAAGCAGCUGAGACCCGUGAGAUGCAAGCCGCCAUCGCCUCGCUCAGCGCGGAGCGCGACAGGCAGCUGGCACUGCGGGACUCGCUCCAGAAACAGAUCGAGGAGACGCAGAAGGAGAUCGACGCGCGGCUGGCGGCGCAGCGCGCGCACCAGGCCCAGCAGGAGGCGCAGGCGCGCUUCAACGUGCCGGAGCUGGACUUCUGGAUCACGAACCUGUGCAUGAAGAUCGAGGGGGCGGGGCAGGACGACAGGCUCAAGUUUGUGUUCUCGCACAUCGACGAGAAGGACUGGGAGCGCGAGGCGUGGUUCGAACUGAGCACCACGUCGAGGGACUACGAAGUGAAGCACUGCAGGCCGAGGCUGGAUAGGGAAAGUGUGGAGAGGGUGCUGGAGAGAACGAACGAGACGAGGGAGCUUGCGGUGUUGUUGAAGGGCAUGAGGGAGCUGUUCGUCGAGGCUCUCAAGAGCUGAUUUGCUCGUGUUGAAACAGUGAGAUGGUUCGAACCAGGAGCCCAACUGCGACUUGGGCAACUGUAUAUGAUUCCAGCUCCGUUUUCACCUGGCUGCUGCCUAUUUGCAUAUGUGGCGUGCACUUUCAGAGCAUGAAGAAGAGGGAUUCAUCGUGGUACCAACCACAGGACUGCAGCGGCUUACUGUAGCUGACGAAUGAUGAUGUGAAUGUAAUAUGAUACGGAAUCA